AAUGUUAUUUAAAGUCAUGGAUUUGAGAUCCCGAAAGAGGUAUAUAUAUACACACAACACAACACUCAGAAAACAACGUAAAAGAUGAGUCCAAUGUUGUCAACAAAAAUUGUUGUGUGGUUGAUGUUUUUGUGUUGGUCGUGUGAGGGGAACCAACAAGGGGAAUAUCUGUAUAGGUUGAUUCGAUCAAAGAGGGGUGAUGAGAAAGUGGUGUCAUCAGAAGAAGCUUCAAUGGUGGCCAAAAAUGGUGGUGGUGAUGAAGAUUUUUGGAAGGUUGAAGAAGAAAGGGUGGUGUUGAUGGAAGAAGACAAAGUGAAGGGUUUACCAGGAGAACCAGAAGGUGUUGAUUUUGAUCAAUAUGGUGGCUAUGUAACUGUGGAUGCAAAAAAAGGAAGAAGAUUGUUCUAUUACUUUGUAGAGUCACCUCAAAAUGCUUCUCACAAGCCCCUUCUUCUAUGGCUCAAUGGAGGGCCUGGCUGCUCAUCCCUUGGAUAUGGAGGCAUGCAAGAAUUGGGACCUUUCAGAGUGAACAGUGACGGAAGAACACUACGCAGAAAUGAAUAUGCAUGGAACAAUGUGGCAAACGUUAUUUUCUUAGAAUCUCCAGCAGGAGUUGGAUUUUCAUAUUCAAACACUUCUUCAGACUACACAAACACUGGAGACAAGAGCACAGCCAUGGACUCUUACACUUUUCUUAUAAACUGGCUUCACAGAUUUCCACACUACAAAUCUCGAGACUUGUUCAUCACUGGAGAAAGCUAUGCUGGACAUUAUGUUCCUCAGCUAGCUCACACUAUUCUCACUAAUAAUAAGCUUACAAAUCACACAGUCAUCAACCUCAAAGGGAUUGCGAUUGGGAAUGGUUGGAUAGAUGAUAAUAUAUGUGCAAAGGGAAUGUAUGACUAUUUCUGGACCCAUGCUUUGAACUCAGAUGAAACCCAUGAAGGAAUUGAAAGGCAUUGUGACUUUGAGAGUGGGAACAUGACAAGUGAAUGCAACGAAUACCAAAUAAGAGGGGAUAAUGAGAUUGGAGUCAUUGACAUUUAUGACAUAUAUGGUCCCCCUUGUGAUUCAACUGCCACAAAAUCUCAUCAAACUUCUGCUCCUAACUCUGACAGCAAUUUCGACCCUUGUUCUGACGAAUAUACCAAAUCCUACUUAAACAUCGCUCAAGUACAAGAGGCUCUUCAUGCAAAACUCUCAGAAUGGUCUCCUUGCAGUGGAGUGGGAUGGACAGAUAGCCCAGCAACAGUUCUACCCACUAUAAAUCGGAUAAUAUCAAGUGGCAUAAGAACCUGGAUAUAUAGUGGAGAUACAGAUGGGCGCGUUCCCAUAACAUCAUCUAGGUAUUCAGUAAAUUCCUUGAAACUUCCAGUGGAGACAACAUGGCGUCCCUGGUAUUCUGGAGAUGAGGUUGGAGGAUACUUGAUUGGGUACAAAGGACUCACCCUCAUCACUGUAAGAGGAGCUGGGCACAUGGUUCCAAGUUACCAACCAAAGAGAGCGUUAACCAUGAUCUCGUUUUUUCUUCGGGGAGAACUUCCUCCCGAAUUGAACUCUUAGGUCUAUUUGGUCUCAAUAUCCUUAAAAUAGAUGCGAAAAUUUUAUGAGUUUCAUACAAAUUCAUCAAUGAGAUUUUCGCCUCUAAAUAGGAAAUAAUAUAGCACCUAAGAUCAGUAUAUAUUCUUAUAAAGGUAAAAAAAUUCAAGGAUAAGUUUAUGUAAGUUGCAGAAAUACUUCAUUUAUUCCUAUAUGAACUAUUAAUAUUCGAGCAGCAAAAUAUGAAACUUUUGUCUGCCAAAUUUAAACUGUUUAAGCUAAAGGAACUCAGUUGCAAAGUCUUCACUGCCUUCUUCCGUCCCCUUUCUUUCCAAAUAAACAUGAAAUUAGUGGGAGAGAAGGAC